AUUAGUAGGGGGCAGAGAGGGCAGAGGGUUGUUGAGGCAGGGGAAGGAGGCUUGGGGAGCCAGUCUGGGGGCUGGUUGGUGAGGCUCCAGGAAGUGUGGGGUUGGAGGCGGGCAGCGGACCUGGGCCCUGAGGAGGCAGGCAGGGGCUCUUGAGGACUCGGCACACCCUCUCCCCACCUGGCUUGUCCUUGCCUGUGGCUGCUUCUGUUAUUGAGAACCACUGACGAUGGCCGGCUAGUAUCUGUGUCGCUUUUCCCUCUCCUCUGAGCAUUCAGCGUGUAUGUGCCCAGGUGGGGAGCACAGACCUUACCAGGUUUUCAUCUGUUUACCUGCCUAUCACCUUCAGGAUUUCUAUCUCUUGAGACUACCGAGGUGCCUAGUACAUAUGUCUUAGCUGCACAUUGAAUCCCAAUUUAGUAUUAUUAUUCCCCACUGCACCUACAGGCUUGAUUAUAAACCCAGCUUAGUGAGCUUGGGAAGAGUUCCUUAAAACAGCUGAGCCUCAGCUGCUUUUGUGCAUCGGUAAAAUGGGUGUAGCUGAUGAAACCUACUUCCAAGGGUUACUGAGAAGGUUCAAUGAGAAGAUGGUCACUAAAGUUCACGGCACACAGCGGUGCUUAGGAAACAGCACCACCCUGGCUUACUGGUAUUGAUUGAUGAGAGGAGGGAAGGAUCAAGGAUCAAGAGUGGGAAAAGCAGUCGGGGAGGAGCUACUCCGCUGCGCGGGCUGAGGUUGUGGGUGGGGCUGAGCCCAGACUGCUAGACGGUGCAUCCGGAUCCGGCUGCCGCAGAGCAACUUCCUCUGAUUGGAACCGGGAGCAGCCGGCGGCUCUAUGAUCGCCAAAGCCUCUCAGUCCCUAGGGCUGCCCUGGGACGAGUAGAGGCUGCGUCCAGACUCCAGGAAUUCACUGACACCCGUUCCUGGAAGCAGGCCUGGGCACCUUCCCCUGGGAACAGCCUCUGGUCCCUCAGGAUCUCUAGCUCUUCGCAGCCGAGCCAUCCUGGGCCUAGGCUAGGGUCUGGACAGGCUAACACUGCCCUCCACCGGGACCUGAAAAAUGGCGUCUGGGCAAGGACCAGGCCCUCCCAGGCAGGAGUGUGAAGAGCCUGCUUCCUCCUCCACUUCGGAGGAGCAGGUAGCCCAGGACACAGAGGAAGUUUUCCGCAGCUACGUUUUUUACCGCCAUCAGCAGGAGCAGGAGGCUGAUGGGGCGGCUGUACCUGCUGACCCGGAAAUAGCUGCCAUGUACCUAGAACCUGCCAGCACCAUGGCGCAGGUGGGACAGAGGCUUGCCAUCAUCGGGGACGACAUCAACCAGCGCUAUGAUGAGGAGUUCCAGACCAUGUUGCAGCACCUGCAGCCAACAGUAGAGAAUGCCUAUCAGUAUUUCACCAAGAUCGCCUCCAGCCUGUUUGAGAGUGGCAUCAACUGGGGCCGAGUGGUGGCGCUACUGGGCUUUGGCUACCGCCUGGCCCUACACGUCUACCAACGCGGCCUGACUGGCUUCCUGGGCCAGGUGACCCGCUUCGUGGCUGACUUCAUGCUGCAUCACUGCAUUGCCCGAUGGAUUGCACAGAGAGGCGGCUGGGUGGCAGCCCUGGACUUGGGCAACGGCCCCAUCCGGAACGUGCUGAUAGUUUUGGCUGUGGUUCUAUUGGGCCAGUAUGUGGUACGAAGAUUCUUCAAGUCAUGACCCCUGGAGGGGCCCUUUGGGGUCCCAGCUGAGACCCCUGCCUGGACUUCAGCCAAGCCUUCUCCCUUCACUCCCGUCCCGCAGGGGUUCCCCCCCACCCCACCAAGAGUACAGAAGCUUUAGCAAGUGGGCACUCCAGCUUUGAAAGGCCCCUGCCUAGGGGUCAGUCAGGCUGCAGGGGUGCCCCAACAUUGCAUGGUGCUAAUGGGCCCCACCUCUGGGCUUAGCUCUGUCUGCUGGGCACUGGGGAGAUUGAUUACUUGGGAGCAAGAGGCUGGAAGUAGCUUCUCCCAAAGAAGUUUUUUAACAGUUUUAGCUUUUUUAUAAUACCCUUGGGAGGACCCCCCCCCACCCCCACAUUCCCACCACUCUGCCCAAAGCCAGGACGUCUGGGAUGGGGGGUUAGUAGGCCUUCCUUGUGUUCCCCACAAUUCAGCUGUUCUGAAAGUUCAGAACUUGCGAGCUGGGCCUGGAGCCCAGUGCUUGCCCUUCCUAAGCUUCAUGUCCCCCAGGAACAGGACUGGCUGGGGGUGGGGGACAAGGACCUGCUCAGCUGUCCCCUGCAGCUAUUCCCCCCACCCUACGUUGCCUUGGCUGUUGGACUCUCAGGGAUUCUGGGCCUGGGGUGUGAGGAGAGGGUACAGACCAGAGCUGUCUGAAUUUCUCCAUCAGGUUCCAAACUUGCCUCCUGAGAUCCUCAGUUCUCUCCCCUCACCCAUUACCACUUGCUCCCAACCUAUUCACCACCACUAGUGAAGGCUGCCCGCUCUCAUCACUCCAUGUAAGGAAGGCAGAGGCCUUGGGUGAGCGGAGUGCUGAGGCCCCCUCCUUGUGCACAUCAGGGUUUGUUCUUGUCAGGGAAAGAGGGUAGGGAGCUCAUCUUGAGGUUUCUGAGAGAGAGAAGGGUUAUUAACCACUAGGAACCCCAGGGUUGCUAUCCUCCCUCAUGGCCUGGGUACAGUGUAAUCUGGGGUAUGGAUGGGGGAACUGUGAAUACUUGAACCUACCCCUCUACCCCCCACACACACCCUCCUCAUCUGCCUAAACUCCUCCUUUGGGUGGGGGUGGGAGAGCCUUGUCUGUCUUGCACAGCCUAGGGAUUUGGGGAAAGAAAUUGUUAAGCCAAAUGCCGGGAGGGGAUGCAGAUGGAGCCCACUGGCCACCCCCACCCUCUGAGUGUGUCUGAAAAUAAACUCCUUUCCCACUCCUGCUCGAUAA